UUCGUAACUCGGACAUGGCGGCUCGGCUCCCGGCUUGUGUGGUGGAUUGUGGCACCGGGUACACCAAGCUCGGCUACGCGGGGAAUACAGAGCCGCAAUUCAUCAUCCCAUCAUGUAUCGCUAUCAAGGAGUCGGCCAAGGUGGGGGACCAGGCCCAGCGGCGCCUAAUGAAAGGGGUGGAUGAUCUGGAUUUCCACAUUGGGGAUGAAGCCAUAGACAAGCCGACAUACGCAACUAAGUGGCCCAUUCGCCAUGGGAUUGUGGAGGAUUGGGACCUCAUGGAGAGAUUCAUGGAACAAAUCAUCUUCAAAUAUCUCCGAGCAGAACCUGAAGAUCAUUACUUCCUCCUGACGGAACCCCCCCUGAAUACCCCAGAGAACAGGGAAUACACUGCUGAAAUCAUGUUUGAGUCUUUCAACGUCCCAGGGCUGUACAUUGCUGUUCAGGCUGUUCUGGCCCUGGCUGCAUCCUGGACCUCUCGGCAGGUUGGAGAGCGUACGCUCACUGGCACGGUGAUAGACAGCGGCGAUGGAGUCACACACGUCAUUCCUGUGGCUGAAGGUUACGUCAUUGGAAGCUGCAUUAAACACAUUCCUAUUGCUGGUCGGGACAUUACCUACUUCAUACAGCAGUUACUCCGGGACAGGGAAGUGGGAAUUCCACCGGAGCAAUCGCUGGAAACUGCCAAGGCUGUAAAGGAGCGGUUCAGCUACGUGUGCCCGGAUUUAGUUAAGGAAUUUAGCAAAUACGAUACAGACGGUGCCAAAUGGAUCAAACAGUACACGGGGGUGAAUGCCGUUUCUAAGAAGGAAUUCAGCAUUGACGUUGGUUACGAGCGCUUUCUGGGGCCCGAAAUCUUCUUUCAUCCAGAGUUUGCCAAUCCAGAUUUCACCCAGCCCAUAUCGGAAGUGGUGGAUGAAGUGAUACAGAACUGCCCUAUUGACGUUCGGCGCCCCCUGUACAAGAAUAUCGUACUCUCUGGGGGCUCCACUAUGUUCCGCGACUUUGGCCGGCGCUUACAGAGGGAUGUAAAGAGAACGGUCGAUGCCCGGCUGAAGCUGAGUGAGGAGCUGAGUGGGGGUCGCCUUAAGCCCAAGCCCAUUGACGUUCAGGUGAUCACCCACCACAUGCAGAGGUACGCUGUUUGGUUCGGGGGAUCCAUGCUGGCUUCCACGCCGGAGUUUUACCAAGUGUGCCACACCAAGAAGGACUAUGAAGAGAUUGGGCCGAGCAUAUGUCGCCACAACCCCGUGUUCGGUGUCAUGUCCUAAUCCCGCGUGUGCUGGGAGGGGCCGGUGUGCGUGUCGGGACGUUGGGGCGCCCAGGCUUGGAGGAGCCCCCCAAUUUCUCUUUGCACGGGUGGAACCCAGACAGAUUCCUUUCCAUGAAAUAUUGUUGAAUAAAAGAAGCGAGUGGCUUUUAGUUGUCUGUGCCCUGGGGUUCUGUCUGCUUCUGGCAGCUCCUACAGUUAUGGGUUGCGCUGGUUCUGUAGAACUCGUGCGGUACAGACGAACCGGGCCCCAAAUGCUGGACAUUGGGAUCAGCUUAUGUGCUCAGUGGGCAAUGUGGCCCCUGAGAGCCCCGAGCUCCUCCCCCGCUUUGCCUUUCUGCCCUGUCUGGAUACUGAGCGCUUUUCCCUAUAGUUCUGUCUGUGUCGGUUCCGCUCGCUCUUCCGCUUCUGGGUUUUUGUUUUUGUUUUGAAUCUGAAAAUCCAAUAAUAAACGAUAUCAUGAUG